CUGCCGGGACACGCCCGAUCGCAACCCACCGCCCACUGGAGAGCAGUCCCCUCUUCUGGGGGAACCCCUGUUCAUCAAGACCACACCCGGGCAGACACCUCAGAAGAAAUUGACGUCACUAGAAUUGAUGAGGCCACACCCAAUGGACCACACCUAGGAGUGCCUGACAGAAAGUGGAAGGAGAGUCUGACGUCCGAACAUCAUCCCUCUCACACCAGAAGGUCGUACAGCUCAAAACCAGGGCACCAAACAGAUGUAGUGAUGGCAGAUCUCCACAGAGCCCAGUUCCCACCUUCUUCUCCACAGACCACCCCCCACCACCACGGACCAAACGAGACCGUACACCCCCACACGGGACCACAGCAGUACCACCACCACCCACAGGCGAGCCCGAUGCCCAAGCACCCCAGUUUUUCAAUAUCGAACCUCGCAAAGGGAUCUGAGACGCCGCCGCAGUCACAUGAUAAUCACAUGGCGUCGUACAUGGAGCACAGGGGUCCGGGGAGCACCAGUAGCGCACCUAGUCCCCACGGGGAGCAUGACGGCAUGACGAGGAAGAGAAGAACGAGCAGCUCCAUCGGAGUAAUAUGGGACGGCUCUGCAUAUUCUCCCGGAAACAAAGACAAGUUUGGACCCCCCGUGGAGCCCAUUAAAGCCACGGGGUUGCCUCCGUUUGCCAUGUGGCCUCCGGGCGUCCCUGUCCCCUCGGACCCCGCCCAGCUACAGCGUCUCUCACUCUCCUCGCCGUUCCUGGCGGCAUCUAACCCCUGGCUGCGAGGGGGGAUGAUCCCCGGUCUUCAAUUCAGACCUGCCCUCUACCCCACGGCAGCUGCAGGAGCCACCAACUCUCUGGACCACGCCAACACGUACAAAUCCAUGCUCGGUCUCCCUCUCUACCCGUUCUCCUCCGGUCUGCAGGCUUCCUUCCCGGCCCCGGCCUUCACUGCUCCCAGCUCGGCCUCAAACUCGCAGCCACAGACACCGUCGGCUAUUUCCAGUGCAAACCCAGGGUUUUCGUUCGGGCAGUACCCGGUUCAGCAGGCCCUGAGUGCCAACGCGGCGCUGCAGGAGGCACAGAGUAGGUUCGCGGGACAACUAAUGCCCCAGGUGUCCUCAUAUGCAGUUGGCUUUGACAACAAACAGCGGAGGAGUCCCGACACCAACCAAGAUACUCCGCAGCCUUGGCAAAUGAUACCCGGCAUGCCGAUGCUGCAACCUCACAUGGGAUUUGGGUUGCAGAACGUACUGCCUUCUUCCAUGAGUCAGGCAUCUCUCCUCGCAGCUGCCCAGCGAGGUCCAAACCCUUUUUACACCUCGCCGCUUACCCUGGUGACGCAGUCGGCAGGCGCAGUUGGCGACGUCACUCAACAGCAGCAACCAGGUGAUGUGUACCAUGUCAGCGUAGGAAACAGACGGGGCAAGAAGCAGUCGGCCAUAGAUCUAACGGGUCGCCACAUCGAGGCACCCUCCCCACAAGAAGCUGUCAAAAUGGCCACCCAGAGAAUGUCUCCCUUCCACGAUCCGUCCAGAUUCUCCCCAAAGUUGAAAUCUGCCGCAGAAGGAGCAGCAGCCCCUCCCUCUUCCUCUCCCCUCGUCCCUAGCUUUGUCACCAAUCCAAGCGUCCUCUCCUCGCAGCCACAAGGCUCUGUACUCUCCUACCCCCUCCUGAACCCCUCGGGCGGAGCCGGGCUCGUUAACCACGCCCAACUAAUGGGUGUGGCCAUGCAGGGGAACCCUAUGCUCCCCAUUAACUACCAGCAAAUGCAGAACGUGGUGGGCAAACCUGAGGAAGGAACUGGGAAGAAACGCAGCCCGAAGCGAGGUGGCGGAGUGCAAAAACUCCGGAUACACCAGAUGGAAUUCAAACAGCAGGGAAAAGUCGAUCGGAGGAGGAGACGACCGUUGAAGCCUCCGGAGAAAGUGGAGGAAUUGGUAGUACCGUCUGUGAAGUCUGGAGCAAACACCAGCCAGUCGAGAGUUACGCCACCUGGCAGCCUGGAUCAGCCGCCACUUGCUGCUCAGGAGGACCACUACGCUCUCAACAUGUUAGCAGACUGUAGCAGCAAAGAGGGUGAGAAGUCGGCGUCUCCCCUGGCCGUCGCAACGACACCGACAAACUCGGCCAAACAGGUCGAACUCUUCACCAAACGAGCUCUCAUGCGAUCGCCGGGCAGUAUCGCAGGGGCAAACUCGUUACUGUUACUCGCCAAACCUGAUCAAUCCUCGUCGAGACCCAGGAAUUCCUCGCCGGAGAAUGCAGUGGUAGAUGGUCUCCUGCAACUAUCAAAUGCCGCAAUGCCCACCUCGGUCUCAUCACAGGAACAGACAUCAGAACCGGGAUCACAAACUGUGCCAGCAAGGGACUCUGCCGUUGCAGGGAGUGAGGCGAGGAAAGAGAAGAAGGUCCCGGGACCCCUCUCAAUUCCCCGGAGAAGAAGACCUUCGGAGGAAAGCAAGGAGAGGGAUGAGGUCGACUCUGAGAAAACAGACACCGACAGUGAGGCCACUCUCUCCCCAACAACCCCAGCUCCACCAGUGUCCUCUGCCGCUGCUGCAACCACCCGGGCAGGAGACAGCAGCACCGCUCCGUAUCCCCUUCCCCCCUCUCUGCCCCUCGCACAGAGCAGUACUCCUGUGAGCUCGAGUGGGCAAAUUGACCAUUUUCACCGAAUUACGCCAAAUGGUACACCUGAAACUCUUCCACCCGCUGCACAGAGUGAGGACACCACGAGGGUUGUUGGAGAGCCUCUGGCGCUACCGGUGAACCAGCGUCCGAGCGAAUGUGUAAGUGGUGCAGUCAUGCUGCUGGAAUCGAGUGAAGGAAGAGAGCAGCUAGACCUGCCACCAUCUUCACUCACUUCCACAAGACUCGAACCUGUUGACGAUGAAGAAGAUGCUGACGUAGACGUGGAGAAUAUCGACUCCUCUCUCACAGACGAACCCGUUGAACCGGUUUUGAACUCGCUCCCAGUGACCCAGACGUUACGACCCGAAAUUUCCUCUGAAGUUAAGAGUGGUUUACUUCCGCCUGAGAUUGUUCCCACCUCACCUCUACCUCCAUCCUCUUUACAAGACAGCGGGUGCUCCCUACCUUCUCCCCAACAGACUGAAUCCCUUUCGGAAGUGGGUGUGGUUGGGGGUGUGGUUCCAGCAGCAGAUGAACCUCCGUCCAUCCCUCAACUACCGAAAGAUGAUGGGGAGAUAGACGAAGUUUCCAUUGAUUGUCCGUCGCCACCCAAGAAACUGAAGCUGGAUGAAGAAGCGGAGGAGAAGAGAGAGAUAGAAGUGGAGGGAGAUCACCCAAUGGACACUGUCUCCUCGCCUCCCCUGUCUUCUGUGCCAGUGACAAGCUGGUCAAGCUCUCCUGCCAAUACACCCGCCAUUCCCUUACCUACUGAUGAAGGAGUUGGCCCAACAUCUCUCUCUGGACAGGCUCCCCCUCUCUCUCCCCCACCACUCUCUGACUCCGGGUCUAUUCAACAGUCGUCCGGCUCACCUGGCAAUGAAUCGAAAGCGAAACCUAUUGAAGAAGCCUUGAAUCUCUCCAGUGAUGGAGCUCUUUCGUGUCAGGCUAUGGAAGAGAGCAGUGCCACCGAGGAGCCAUUCUCUUCGCCUGAAUAUAGCGAAAGGCUCAGAAACCACCUCAGUGAGAACGAUACGGCAAUGGAGUCUGCAACGGAGGCUAACGCUGCAAGUGGAUCUCCACAUGGGGGGACCGUCGAGACAAAUGGAUUCGUCUCUGAUACAUCAGCAGCUGUGGCCGGUUCGGAGCCCGAGGGGAGAGAAGAGGAGAGGGACACUGGCAGAGGUGGAAGUCCUCGUGCCUGCAUCUCCUGGCCUUCUGAGACAGAGGAGGACCCCGAGACGGAGCCCAGGGGUGGAAUCAUCACUGAGAGACUGUUCCCCUCCCCCUCUCUCUUCUCCUGUUCAGUCCGACAUCAACGCAACUGCAAGUGA